AUGGAGCCAUCUACAUCCAAAAUCUUUAAGUCGAUGCGUCCGGUAACUUUUAAUUCUCCUCGCUCCUCUGUCAAUUUACUAAAGAAAAAAAGAAUCGAACCUAUCAGAAUAUCAAAAGCAAGCUCAAACGACCCCAAAGUUGAUAACUUUUAUCCAAAGGUUGGAAGGUUUCAAAACUUCGAAUCCAAGCCAAAAUACGAUUUUUCCGCAACAGCCCGGGCUCCUCUAAAUUUAAAUCCUAGACCCCUCCAACAAAAGCUCAACAAAGCUAGUUCGGCAAGGAAUAUCUCAGCAAGCGAUUUUAAAUAUCCACAUGCAUUAAGUUCGUCACUAAAACCAACAGUCAAUUUGAUACCAAAAAGCGAAAUACACUUCCCAAUAACCCCGAAAAUAGCAUUAACUCAAUUAAUAGAUGAACUUAGUGACUUCGAAAAAAGAGAAGUUUUAGAAUAUGCCGAAAUUUACUAUUUAGGAAAAAAUAACUGUAAAAUAAUGCGAAUUGAAGAUGGACAUAAUAAUGGGUAUGAUAAUGACCAUUCUGAUUACCUUUUAAUAAAAGGCGACCAUAUAGCUUAUAGGUAUGAAGUUAUUAGCAUGCUUGGAAAAGGGAGCUUCGGACAAGUUUGCUUAUGUUUUGACCAUAAGCGCCAAGAACAAGUAGCUAUAAAAUUGAUAAAAAAUAAAAAAAGAUUCCAUCAUCAAGCUGCAAUUGAGAUAAAAGUUCUCAGGGCUUUAUUAGAAAAUGACCCAAAUGAUAAAAGCAAUAUUGUAAGGAUGAAAAAUUUUUUCCUUUUCAGAAGCCACGUAUGCUUGGUUUUCGAGCUAUUAAGCAUAAAUCUAUAUGAUUUGCUUAAGAAUAACAAGUUUGAAGGACUUUCUAUCAAUUUAAUACGAAAUUUUGCAAGCCAAAUUUUGUCAGCAUUGAUCUGCACUAAAAAAUUAAAUAUUGUCCAUUGCGAUUUAAAGCCUGAAAAUAUUUUACUAAAAACUGAUAGUAAAUCAGUUAUAAAAGUAUGCAAUUUCUCCUGGGGUUUGCUAAUUUAAAAUACUAUAAAUAAAUAGAUGAAAAUUAAGGAAAACUCUAUAUGUGAUUUUGGGUCUUCUUGCUUUGGCGAUGAAAUUGUGUAUACUUAUAUUCAAAGCAGAUAUUACAGAUCCCCUGAAAUUAUUUUACUCCACUCUAUUAAUAAGCAAAUUCUUGCUUAUUCGUUGGGGGUUUUGCACAAAAUUUUUAAAUAGUAAAUUUAAUAUGAAUAAUAGAUCGAAAUUUGCUUUAUUAUUUGGAGUUAAUGCAAUAAUUUUAUAUUUUUCAUUUUCAAUUGAAAAUCUCCCAAUAUUGCCAUUUGAAAAUUUGUGCUAAAACCCCCCUCACAAAUAAACAAGAAUUUGCUUAUUACUGGGGAGAUAGGGAUUCCUUAUACUCCUGCUAUUGAUAUGUGGUCUUUUGGCUGCAUGAUAUAUGAGCUUUAUACAGGAAGACCUUUAUUCACCGGCGAAAGUGAGCAUGAGCAGCUUAUUUUAAUAAUGGAAUUAUGCGGAAUUCCUAGUGAUAGCAUGCUUAACCAAAGCGCUAAAAUUUCAAAAUUUUUUGACGAAGAAAGAAAUCCAAAAAUAGUCCCUGAUAGGCAUGGGAAUAUUAGACAGCCUAAAACUCGAAGCUUGAUAGAUAUUUUACCUCAAACAAGUUCUUGCUUUAUUGAUUUUCUCACAAGAUGUCUGGAAAUUGACCCAGAUAUUCGGAUAACGCCAGCAGAAGCUUUACAGCAUCCUUGGAUUUUGGAGAAUAUUCCUCAUAAUGGAAUAAGAAGAAAAACAACAGUCUUGCUAAAGAGAUAA